AUGGCGGCCGGAUACCGCGACACUUCAUUCUGUGACGUUGUAAUAGCUAUCCUUUAUCACCUGCAGGCUGAGUUUGAAAAGGCGGCGGAGGACGUGAAGACCUUGAAGACGAGGCCGUCGGACCAAGAGUUGCUGGACCUCUACGGCUUGUAUAAGCAGGCGACUGUGGGAGACGUCAACACGGAAAGGCCGGGCUUAUUCGACAUGAAGGGAAAAGCCAAGUGGGAUGCGUGGAACUCAAGGAAAGAAAUGUCCAAAGAAGACGCCAUGUCCGCUUAUGUCAAACUCGCCAAGGAGCUUAUCAGCAAAUUGGGUUAA